ACGGACAAGAUGCUCUUCAAUUUGAUUUCACAUGAGCUCUUACUGCUGCUCCAUUGAUUUGAUAAAUGUCAUUUUAUCAUUAUUUUUAUAUUUAUAAUUAUGUCACUAAAGACCCAUAGCUUUUUAUGUUGGAUGUUCUUCCAGUCAUCUCAGCAAGAGGCUAUUAAACAGAAAGAAGAGUUAAUGAAGGAAGUAGGUUGCCUUAGAAGUGAAUUGCAUCAAGUAAGAGAUGAACGCGAUCAUACAUUAGCCCAGGUGCAAAAUUUAAGUGUUGAAAUUGCAAAUUAUGAAGAAAUGACUGGAAAGUCCUCAAAGGCUUUGGAUAGCUUAACAACAAAAUCUACUGCCCUUGAUGAAACGUGCUCUUCCCAAAGAGAGCAGAUACAGGUAUUGCAGCAUCAGCUUGCUGCAGCAAAUGAAAAGUUGAAGAUGGCUGAUUUGACUGCCAUCGAGACAAUGACAGAAUAUAAAGGACAGAAGAAGACUGCAAAAGAUUUGCAAGAUCGUCUUGCAGAUGCAGAGCCUCAAAUCUUGGAAGCAGAGAAAUUGCGCAAAAAGCUGCACAACACCAUACUGGAACUGAAAGGAAAUAUCCGAGUGUUUUGUAGAGUACGCCCUGUUUUACCUGGCAGUGAUUGUGGUGGCACAGAGGGUUCAGUUGUUUCUUAUCCUACAUCACUUGAAUCUCUUGGUAUGCAUAUUUGCUUAUGGGCAAACAGGUUCUGGUAAAACUUAUACAAUGAUGGGCACACCAGAACCGCCUGAGCAGAAAGGGCUUAUACCCCGAUCUCUGGAGCAAAUAUUCAGAGGAUGGAAAUAUUCAGCCAAUCUCUACAAAGUCAGGGAUGGAAAUACAAAAUGCAGGUCGAGUUUUUUGGGACAUUCUUGAGACCCAACCCUUUUGCCUUUCAACUCUGGCAUGGGUGUCAGAGGACUGUUGAAAAAAGACUUUCAACAAAUAUUAUAAAGAUGACAUUGGUAUGAGAGUUGACCAAAUCAAGGCUACGGUUUCGUUUAAUAAGCUGAAUGUAUCUUGCAUCAUUUUUUUGAAAUGCUUAUACCUUCUGCUUGUUAUUUUAACCAAGCCAGUUAUGACUUCUGCUCCGUAGAGCUAAGAGUGAAUUUUUAUGUUGAGCAAAUUUGUGAAUUUAAUGAAUAGAAUCUUGCAUGUGAAAUAACUGCCAUUCCAAGAGAACAUCAUUAAGUUGUAGGAACUUUUUAUGGAAGUUAUACUCC